AUGUCGAAUUCUACAUCAUCGAAUCCGUCGACGUUACUACCGUUGGAAUUGGUAGACAAAUGUAUUGGUUCCAGGAUUUGGGUUAUUAUGAAAGGUGAAAAAGAGAUUGUUGGAACUUUAACAGGUUUUGACGACUACGUCAAUAUGGUAUUAGAAGAUGUUGUGGAGUACGAAAAUACGGUUGACGGUAAAAGAGUAACAAAAUUAGAUACCAUUUUACUGAAUGGUAAUCAUAUCACAAUGUUGGUACCUGGAGGCGAAGGUCCUGAAGUUUAA